ACUGGGGUGAUUGGAGCAGUGAUCUCCAGGCCUCCGUUCCAGAACCAGCCUCUCUUAAGGUGGGAGAAGUUGUAAAUAAUCGACUGAACGCACACGCUUUCUCCUCGCGCUUUGCGAGUUAAGCAACUCCUCUCAUUCCAGUCAAUCACAGUGACUGCUGAAGCCUGUUGGGAUUUUUUUUUAGUCGCUGUGACUAUUCGCUGCAGCCUCGGGGAGUGUGGAGCCCAGCUCCGGGAGAGAGAUCGCUCGCUAGGACAUGCCUGGGAGUUUCACUGGAGAGACAAAGAUGACAGAAUGAAUUCUCAGAAUCUUGGGUAAGACAGCAUCUGUGGAGAAAUUCAGCUGUGGACCCUUCAUUGAAACUGAUCUAACCAAAGGUCCAUACCAGACUCUUCAGCACAAGUGAAUGAACCCAUGAAUUGCGAUUCCUCUGGAGCAGCCAUGAAUGCACCUUCUCUUCACCCUCAGAUGAUGGGGUCGGGAGCCAGCCCCUCAAUCAGCUCCCCGGGUCAGCUUCAUUCACCCAUUAGCACUUUGAACUCUCCAAUGAAUGGACUGGGCUCUCCCUUCUCAGUUAUCAGCUCGCCAUUGGGUCCACACACACUAUCCAUCCAGUCAUCUCACAGCAUGGGUUAUGGAGGCCACAGUCCACAGGUAAACUCACCUCUGAAUUCAGUAAGCAGCACAGAGGAUGUGAAGCCACCUUUAGGAAUCAAUGGCGUGCUUAAGGUGCCAUCUCACUCCUCAAAUUGUCCGGUUUCACUCACUAAACACAUCUGUGCCAUUUGUGGGGACAGGUCUUCAGGCAAACAUUAUGGCGUUUACAGUUGUGAAGGUUGCAAAGGAUUCUUCAAACGCACGGUGCGCAAAGACCUUACCUACAAUUGCCGUGAUAACAAGGACUGUAUAAUUGACAAGCGUCAGCGUAACCGGUGCCAGUACUGCCGCUACCAGAAGUGUCUUGCCAUGGGGAUGAAGCGGGAAGGUAUGGGCGCAGACUUCAGAGCUGUACAAGAGGAGAGACAGCGGGGUAAGGACAGGAAUGAGAAUGAGGUGGAAUCAACGAGCAGUGCCAACGAGGACAUGCCAGUGGAGAAGAUAGUGGAGGCAGAGCUGGCUGUAGAGCCUAAGACUGAGACUUACAUCGAUUCCAACCUCGGAAUGGGCAGCAGCUCACCAAAUGACCCAGUUACCAACAUCUGUCAAGCAGCAGACAAGCAGCUCUUCACGCUGGUCGAGUGGGCCAAGCGGAUUCCACACUUCUCAGAGCUCCCACUGGACGACCAGGUUAUUCUUCUGAGGGCAGGCUGGAAUGAGUUGCUCAUCGCUUCAUUCUCGCAUCGUUCUAUAGCUGUGAAAGAUGGGAUCCUGCUGGCGACCGGCCUGCAUGUUCAUCGGAAUAGUGCACACAGUGCAGGAGUGGGAGCCAUCUUUGACAGAGUUCUAACAGAGCUCGUCUCUAAAAUGCGUGAUAUGCAAAUGGACAAGACAGAGCUGGGCUGUCUGCGAGCUAUUGUGCUCUUCAAUCCAGAUGCCAAAGGCCUGUCCAAUCCUGGGGAGGUGGAGGCCCUCCGUGAGAAGGUGUACGCAUCCCUGGAAGGAUACUGCAAACAGAAAUACCCAGAGCAGCCUGGCAGGUUUGCCAAGCUUCUGCUGCGGUUACCAGCUCUGCGUUCUAUCGGACUGAAAUGCCUGGAGCACCUUUUCUUCUUCAAGCUGAUUGGCGACACACCCAUUGACACUUUUCUCAUGGAGAUGCUGGAAGCUCCUCAUCAGAUGACCUAGGCAGGCUGCGGGUAAAGAGAAAACUGCAGCCCAGAAGCAGAUUUGCCAUUCUUUUGUACAGGCUCAGUGCAAAAAUCCUUGGCCUCCCCUCUGCAUUUACAGACCCUACUCCCACUCCCUGCAUCCCACCCUCAACUGUAAUUCCUCAUUAAUGAGAUGACAAAGGAAUAAUUUUCUUUUUAUAUGCACUCUGCAUCGAUUUCUGGGUCUGUGACAAAUUGCUUAUCGAGAUGAUCUACGGUAUCUGUGUGUGCAUGUGUCCGCACGCACCCUGACUCUUCUCCGAGUACAGCAGAGGCUUCAUUUAACUUGUUCCUGGUUUGCAUCGGCAUGUGGGGUAGCCUCAAGGGAUUGGUCUUGUUGACCUCUACAGAGAUUUGACAACACUGGAAGUUGGACUUCAAGGAACCCUGGGUGGCCUCCAUUCCCAACAUGAAGUUCUCUGGUGGAGAUGUGAAGCAAGAUGGAACUGGCCUCCCUCUGAACCUGCCCCCUCACUAGUUUAGUUGCAAGUUCUCCCAUCUGGGCUCUCGCAAGCUGCAUACUGAUUGUUUCCCUGUUCUCUGCUUUCUCACUGAGCUGGCUGGAGAGAUGUGGCUAAUGAACAGAUUAUGUUUACACGUUCCAGACCCAUGCAGAACCCAGAGCAGUUCUCAAUUACGCAAUUGGUCUGCCGACUGAAUGUUUCAUGGACUACCUUAUAGGCUUUUGGAUUAAUUGGAACAAAACAACCUUGCUCCAUUGUGAACUUGGCUGUGUGGCAGGCUGAUGUUCAGCACAAAAUACCAUGCUUUGAGCCGGUUGUAACAUCAGUGAAAUAGUUGCCUGCAUGCAUGAUUGAGUUACACGGCCUCAUCAGUAUCCUCCUCCUGAGCUGCCAAGAAUGGUUUGGUGCAUUUGGGAUGUCUUGUUGACUCCUUCUACCCAGUUCCACUUGUGAAUAUUGGGUAGGUUUGGGGCCUGCAUCCUGAAGAUUCUUUGCUGCUAAGGAAAACAUUCAAAUAAUGAGUAAAGAUCAAGCCCUAAGUACAAAGUGACUGGGUAAAAGGAGUUUGGUUUUAAAAAUUAAGGAGCUCAAAUGUUCAAUCUGCACUUAAACUGAUCAGUACAAUUCUUCUUGUCCUCUACACUAGUACUAACCCUCCCUCUGCUCCAUUUCCACCCACCCUCCGACCCCUUUUACCUCCCUCCCUCUCCCUGCUCUGCAUUCUCCAGCCCUCCCCUUCCUUGCUCCUUGGAGUGUAGGGGUCAGAGAAGAGUUUUACCCAUCAGAGAUUCAUACAGAUUGAUCUUGAUCAGCUCCUGUUUAUUUUUCCUAAACAUGGAUAACUGGAGUUUAAACCUCAUUUAACCGUGUCCCUGUCUUCAGCUUCUUAUUCUCCUCAGUUCUGCCCACAUUCCUCGUGGGCUGUGGUAUUCAUUCUUGUACACGGAUUCUCUCCAGUCCUCUCCUGAUUUGGUCUUUAUUUUCUUUAUUUUACUUCAAAUCUGAAUUUUAACCUGAAAUAUAAAUAUUUUAAGUACAGCAAUUUUGUAAAAAAAAGUUAAAAAUUGCAUUUUAAACUGUUGCAAGCACAGAAAGUUAUGCAAUAAAUGGAGGCGCUCACACCAGAUCACUCUCGAAACACAGCCACUGGGCAGGAGCACAGUGGAAGGGGAGCUCGCCAGGAGUCUCUGUCCUGCAGAAUUUACUCAAGAUGCAAUGUCCUCUUCAGCCCAUCUCUUCCUUUCCAUGUUUAAUUAUGUUUGCUGUGUAUCACUUUGUUUGAUCUUUUUGUCAAUCAUAUCAAAAUCUAUUACAGUUCUCCCCAUUUCCUAUUGUCUUCCUUAAUCUGUCUUUCCUCUUUUGUCUUUCUGUCCUUAUAUGUAUGUGUGUUGUUCACUGUCGGUCUCUCUUUUUCAUUUCUCCGUCUCUAUCCAUGUGCAUGUGUGUUUAUCUCUCUUCACCCUCCACAAUACGAACCUCUGUUUCUCUUAUCCUCUCGGCCCUCUCCCCUCCCUGAUGAUCAGAGCUGUACUGAUGGGUGUGCCCAUUCUUGUGGUCGGUCAAUUUUGAGACGUGAUGGUGAUCAGUCUGUGUUGACACUACGAACACUUGCUGAAAAACAAAAAAAAAAGAAGAAAAAUGUCUACAGAAAUCUAUUUUUGUAUAAAUGAAACUUUAUCCCUUUUGUUAGAUUGAAUUUCGCUGAAUUAUUGUAAAUGUUAAUACUUUAAUAGUCUGCAGGGUGAAAGCAAGUGUUCCUGGGACCAUUCGGGAUUUUAAGCUGAAUUGUUCCCUGUUUAAUUUGACAGAUUUGCUUUAAAUUUCCAAUUAGUGGCAUCCGAAUAUCCAUCGUGUUCCAGUAUUGAGUGAAUGCCACUCUGAGCAUUCUAACACAAUCUAAUUCACUCUGGUUACUGACUGUCUGAUUUCCCAGAAGUUUCUGCUUUGAGCUGCUGGGCUUUUGUUGCUGAGAGGAGAAACCCUGGGGAUUUUUCAGAUUGGUCCCUGGAGGUGUCAGUGUAAACAGUGCAGGUAGUAUCCUGCUCUGAUCCAGAGAGACAGCAGUUUAUGGGGCAGGGUCUCUCAGGCCCUCACACAGAUCAGGGCGCCCUGUGAUUGCAACCAUUUCAAUUUAAAUUUGUUUCUGUGUUAAAUGUAAUAAACUGUUCCCUGUACCCUACCUUGUGUCAUCUCUUGUCAUGUUUUUAACCAUUGGUUUGGUUCUGGCUGAGGAUACUGGAGUUCUGAAGGGCAAGAGGUACUCUGCUUACAGAUACAAGAUUCUGGGAGAAAGUGACAGGAUAGAUCAUUUGUAAAGCCAGUGAUGUUGUGGGGAUGGAACUGGACUCUCUGAUGGUGGUGUCUGAAAAGAGAAUGCUGUCCAAGUUGCAUGCCAUCUUGGACAAUAUCUCCCAUCCACUACAUAAUGGACUGGCUGGGCACAGGAGUACAUUCAGCCAGAGACUCAUUCCACCGAGAUGCAACACCGAGCGUCAUAGGAAGUCAUUCCUGCUUGUGGCCAUCAAACUUUACAACUCCUCCCUUGGAAGGUCAGACACCCUGAGCCAAUAGGCUGGUCCUGGACUUAUUUCCUGGCAUAAUUUACAUAUUACUAUUUAAUUAUUUAUGGUGCAACUGUAGCGAAAACCAGUUUCCCUCGGGAUCAAUAAAAUAUGACUAUGAUACCAAGAGUCUGCCCCCUCCAGCUGUAGAGUCCAGAAUGAGGGGUUCAUCUCAGAGUGAAGGUUUGAUCAUUUGGGGGUGAGAAUGAAGAUCUCUGAACUCUACUUUGGUUGCUGAGGUGUUGAGUAUGUUCAAGGGUGAGAUGGACUUUUGGGUACUUCCAGAAUUGGGGAUAUGGAAAUAAGGAGAGGAAGUCAUCUCAAGCCAUGGAACUAGGUGAUCUUAUAACAUGUUGGAAUGGGAUGGAGGGGCUUUUCACUGCUGCUCGCUCUGUUGUGUGAGAGUGAUUAGAUUCAGUGGCAACUUUCAAUCAAAGUAGUGAAUCAUUAAAGGAAUAAGAUCUGGAGGAUUACCAGUAAAGACUUAAGGGCACAAAAUUAAUUCAGCAGCUCUAUUAAAGAGCUGGCACAGGCAAAGUCAGCUAGUGGCCUCCUAUGUUGUGUGAUUCUGUAGCCUAAAAUGUUAGUGACUUACACUUGGGUGCCCAGGGCAAAGUUUCCACACCCAAAGAUGUCAAAACCGAGAGUCACAGUGAAAUGUACAGGCUGUAGUUAUAGAUUUCAAAGAGGUGUGGACAGAUUUAUGGUAUGGAUGGUUAGGUGGCAGAUGGAAUUUAAUGCAGAGACCUAAAUGUAAC